AUGGAGGCCAGCAGCACAGUUUGUCUUUUGACGCAGGCAGUUCCGCAUCACAUCCGUAAUGUCCGGCCGUCCUUCUCUGAUGGCGGGCACGGGCUCUGGGAUUUGAUUCCCCACGAUGGGAGCAGCGUGACACUUGAAGAGCACCACAGCACCCCAUGCCUGCGCGCCUCGGGCUUCGCGCCUCGCCGCUCUGGCGUUUUUCCGGGCCGCCCAACUCGUCGGGCGGCGGGCGUGAUGGGUGGCCCAUCCACUUCCGCGAGAGGAGGCCGUCCCGCCGUGCCCCGCACGGCAACGCCCGAGGAGGCCUGCGUCACGUCGGGCAUGUCCCGGUGCACAGGAGGUACAUUCCAGCACAGUUGCCGCCUGUAG